AUGGACCCUUCGCAGGAGGCUUCCAGCAAUGUGACCGUUGAAUAUACGGAUCCAUCAGGUCUCUUCCCUCUAAUCCAACCUCUUAUUGAAUCGAAACUUCCCCUGAAGAACCUCCACUGGAAAUCACCAACGCGCCCCGUUCGCUCGAUCGAAUCCCUGCGCAUCGGAUUUGUUGAAGCUCAAGCAGAAGAUGUCGAGCCUAAAACCUCUAGCGAUGGGACUAGUGCUGUUACGCAUAGACGGCAUCAGAUCCCUGGCUUGCGGCAAACUCCAUACCUGAAAGUCUACCUCCUGCGCUGCGACGAUAACGAUACAUACAAGGCCACGGCGCGGAAAACACUACGUGAAUGGAUCAAGGCUCAGGGAGCAUCAAGUACAUCUCAGUCAACUGGAAGUAGCCAAGAAAAGCAUGACGCUUUUGAAUGGCUCAUUCUACAUGUUGAACAGGAUGGCGAGGGUGCGGAGAAGACGCCCGCGUCUACCUCGAAAUGGGGGCGUGGCACUACCUCGGUUUUAGAGAAGGUCAAGGCGGAUUUCAAUGGAUCCUCAAAGACUUCUGUGGAUCGUGUGGCACAGCUACGACUGCCUAAGCAAGGAACCACAAAGUCUCCUGAACUGGCUGAGCAGCUGGAAGACUUGAUCGAUAAGGUAAAAAACAGCAUCCUGGCUUCUUUCGACCUGCGCGUGGCCCAGUACGAAGAAGAUAUCAAAGAGAGAGAUUCUCAGCGCAGUCUUCCAGGGUGGAACUUUUGUACCUUUUUCAUACUUAAAGAAGGCCUCGCGCGAGGAUUUGAAAAUGUCGGUCUCUUCGAAGACGCACUUGUUGGGUAUGAUGAACUUUCUGUUGGUUUGGAUGCCGCGAUCCGAGAUCAAGUACGAGGUAACAGUGGUCAUCAUGGUGCCGAGCUUUUGACUUCCAGCAAGAUGUUGAUAGACGAUGCCAAAAAAGCAUUGGAGGCCGGACCUUUGGAAAUCCAGCCAGAGGAUUUCCCUCUGAUCGCCACCAAAAUGCCAUACCGUGAAAUGAUUCUGGGCAACAACAUUUCAAUCUUCAACUUCCGCACGUAUAUUUUCUCUCGGCAGCUCACCUUGCUUCUCCGAGCGGCAAGAGCUCCAUCCGUUGUUAAUCGAGAGGAGACGACCACGCGCGGUAAAAAGCCAGAAGAUCUGAUCUUACUUUCCGAGAUUUGCGAUCGGUCUACAGAAUUCAUCAGCUUAGCCGCGCGUACCCUUCGCUAUGACUUAGAAGUCGGGCUGAAGGAGGUGGAGAAUGAUGGCAAAGCAGAUUUCAUCAAUAAUACCGUGUCUUCUUGGGCGUAUUCGGCAGCGUUGCAAAUUCUCGACCAAACUUUCACGCCUACUCUCACAAUUCCUGAAUCCUCCCUUCAUGCAGUCGCGCACGUUACUGAGGCCUCUGCGCCCGGUGUGCCACCUACACAAAGUCACCCUCAAGCUUCUCGUCGGGCGAAUUCAUUGGUAUCUGGUGGUGUUGGUCGCAUGUCUGAUCUAGGCUCGCUUCAACGCCGUUUAACCCUAGAAAAUCCAAAGCAGCCUCCUGUUAUCACUCAGAAGACCGGCUCAGAGCAACUAGCAUCUGGGAGAGGUGAACUUCUUUUGCUAGCCCGGAGAUCCCUCGAGGAAAUUUCGAGACGACGGGGCUGGUCUGAGAAAUGGACAGACCUUGGUCUUCUCUUCGAUGAUUCUCACCGUUCGGGAGCUGGUGAUCUGUCAGAAGUCUCUUUGGACGAUGGAAGUGAAUCAAAGCCACAGGAGGAUGUGAAGAAAAAGCAGUGCUCAUUGGUUGGUGUUGAUCUUCACCCGUUAAAGUCAGCCUUGAAAUCCAGAGAAUCAUUCUUGUCGUACUAUGAAGAGCUUACAGACAAAAUUAUUUGUCAUAAUAUGGCAGCCAGUCGCACCAACUCUACGGAACUCGCACUAGCGGAUAUUGCUAUAUUGAGAUUCCGACAAGCUGAUUAUGAGACAGCUGCUUCCUACUUCCACCAGAUGGCUCCAUUCUAUGGAAGUAAGCUUUGGGUAGUUCUUGAGGGGAGCAUGCUUGAGCUUUAUGCGCGAUGCUUGAAGGCCCUUAAGCGUAAUGAAGACUAUGUUCGCAUGAUGUUACGACUACUGUCCAAGUUUGCUACAUACUCUCAGUCUCAGUUAUCUGACCGACAGAGAGUGUUGCCUAAGCCAACUUCCGUAUUAGAUCAAGAACAGCUUUCUGGGUAUGUUUCUGAUCUAUUUGAGGGACUCGGAGCUCUACAAAAGGAUGUUCCAACCUCCUUGGUUGAUUUCUUCGCCGACCUACACAUUGACCCAGCGAUUCAACUAUAUGACAACAAAGACGGGUUUCAGAUCCAGAUGACAUUGCGCUUCUUGUUGGGUCCACAAAUCAAAAUUGACUCGAUCAAAGUCAGGCUUGUCAGUGCGAGCUCGAGUCAAAAUUCCGAGCAUUGGAUUGAAGGGUCGACCGAUUUUACUAUCAAGUCAUCCAAGACGAAAAUUCUCAUCGAUUCUCCGACUACACUCCAGGGCAAAUACAUUGUGGAUCGCCUGGAAAUGAAAUCUGGGAAUCUUGUCUUCUCAUUUAACAGUAGUCAACAUUCCCUUCUUCCAGAAGCGAACGAUGCAAGUGAUGCCGAUCGCCGACCAUACAUUUACUGUUACCCCCCUUCAGAUGGCCUGCAGGCCAAGGUUGUUUCUCCACACCUUAUCAAUCUGGAGGCCAUGCGCACGCUUGAGCUGGAACUCAGUAGUGGGCGCAAUGAAAUCAAGAGCGGUUCCAUCCGUGUGAGACCGGCGACAGCAGGACUUCGCCUCCGAAUUUCAGAAGCAGAGAUUGUAGAGGGCGAGCUGGAUGUCGCUGCUCACCAUGACUCUGGGAACAUUGAGUUCACACACCUUCCAGCUCGAUCAUUCGUACGAUUGCGUAUCCCCUACACGGUGGAAGAGGCCUUCACUACGCUCUCUGCACGGACAGAGGUUAGCUAUGAGACUGAACAGGGCCGAUUUGCCUUUACGGCCGUGCAUAAUGUUGUUGCCACUCUUCCUAUAUCAGUCAAUGUGCAGGACAUCUUCAAGGAUGAAAUUCUAUUCUCCCGUUUCACCGUCAGCCCUGCUAUGCAGCUCCCUCUCCGGAUCACGAAAUGCAGUCUGCCCAGCUCGGAAGCCUAUGACGUGCAGUCCAGUAUCACGGGCCCCGUUGCUCUGGAUGUCUUUCCUAAACAGCCCGCUUCUCUGCUUUACAAGAUUCGUCCGCUAGGGGAUGGGGCCCACUCUACCCCAGCGGGGAAACGCAGUCUUCGCCUGCGCGUUGACUUUACAUGUGUGGAUGAUGAAUGUCUCCAUGCAAUUGAGAAACUAUUCGUCACUGCCAUUGAAUCUAGUCCAUACAGCCAAUAUGCAUCGCUCCUUACAUCACAUGUUAUCGGUAGUUUCCGCGCUCAGCUAUCUAUCGCUGACAUGGAAUCUAUUGGUCUCGUACGAGAAUUGCAGAUGCUGCCGUACCAAACAGUCUGGUGGGACGAAUUGUUGGGUGGACUUAAGGAACGUACCGAAGAUGUGCGGGAAUGGUUGAUGGCGUGGCACGAGAAAACUCCUAUCAUUCGACUUCCAUCGCAACCCACCAUCCCCACACGCAGCAUUAUCAUUCCUGUUGAAAUCCCUGAGAUCCAAGUGGUGCAUACAGCGGAGCUGCACCUCAAGCCCGGACUCGAUGUAUCUGCAGACGGUUCCUCCCACGCGGCCGUGGGGCAGAUGAUCCCAGCUGAGCUGACCCUCCGCCACACGCGCCGGUGGUGUCCCCCAGCAAACCAGGAGCAUGCUGGCCAGCCACUGGAAUGCUCCUACGAGCUGCACGCGAGCCCCGAGAUGUGGUUGCUUGGUGGUCGCCGUCGCGGUAAUUUCCUGGCACGCGAUGGGGAGGUGACAAAGUUCACAGUUCUUCUUUUACCCCAGAAACCCGGCCAUCUCCUUCUCCCCGGACUGGAAAUUCGCACGUUUGCUCCCGCGCAUCUCGUGCCUCCCCCGUCACCAGCCAAGGCGGAUUCCACUGGACCCCCACCGGCACCUCUUCAGCGACACCCGAUUCCAUGUGAGGUGGAUUACCGGAACCAUGGGGAGACUGUUCUAGUAUUGCCUGAUCUCCGUAAAACCACGGUCAGCCUUAGCACCUCGGGCAGUCCAGGUGGGAUAUCGUGGCUUGUGGACUCAGAGCGACGAGCGGAAGUGCACUGA